AUGUGUGUUGAUCCACUCGAUGACGCACAUCAGAUCACGGUAGCUGAUGAGCUCGUUGUCGUCAGGGACGGCCCGGGAGCUCCUGGGGUUGGCAUCGCCGUACACUAUCCGCGGAUCUCGCGCCAGCCCAAUCUCCUGCAGUACCCAUGCGCGUUGAAACCAGGACUUCUUAAGCAAGGCAGGGAGGGCGGACCACCUUGGGUCUUGCUUGAAUGCCUCUGGCGGUCCGGCAGGGGAUCGCAUGGCUGGCGCAUAAGUGGACAGCAGGUCCGCUAUCAUGGUUGCGGCGCCACUCUCGACAUCUUGAGAACCGACACAGGCCAGUACCCAGCGAGCGCGACCGUAGAUGAGUCCCAUGACGGCCACCUGGGCGCUGCGCUCGGCCAUGUCCCGCUGGUUGAUGCAGAGAGCGGCGCGGGGCUCGUCCUGGAGUCGGAGGCGGUGCAGAGCCCAGUGCAGGUUCGCGCCAAUGGGGAGCACGGUUCCAUUCACGGUGAUGGGGCGGGCAUCGCGCAGCUCAUCGCCCCAUACGUACGAAACUGCGUCGUAGGUGAGGCGCGAAUUGCCAUCGUCGUCCUCCUCCUGUUCAGCAUCAGCAUCAUGGAGUGA